GAACGAUUCAAUGCGUGCACUCGUGAGAGUGAGCAAUAACUAUCUUUGCUCAUCCUUUAGCCAAAUCCACAAGUCACAGUAUCGCUCCAUCUUCUCUACACCACAGCUUCAGGCCUCAUGGAUGGACAAGGUCAAAAACGUCUUUACAGGCCAAAACCCCAAGCAAAACGACUCCUCCGCCGAAUCGUUCACCCUCCUCCGCUUUGCGGAUGAAAUGAAGAACGCAAGAAGGAUCGGCACCUUUAAGCAGUUUGUGGUUGGAAGAAGCAGCGAAGUCACCUUCACCACCGCCUUCGAAAAAUACGAAGCUAUCCUUCGAUGCCUCGCCAAUUUUGAUCCUACCGGAGAGAAUCUGACUAGGGAUCAAAAACAAGAAGCGGCAAAGCAUUGUAACUCGACGCUUGUUGAAGUUGAGAAUACGCUUGCCAAGUUCACUUGGGCGAAGUUAGCACAGAAGAAGAUUGAGAAGUUAAAAGAAGAGGGAAAACCAUUGCCCACAACUAUUAGCGAGGUCCAAAAGCUGGUUGGUUCAACUCCAUUGGAUCUUGCAAGGUCUAAUAUGGCUCAGGGUGGACAUGUUUUUUCCAGAGCUUCAGUUCUAUUAGUUCUGGCUAAACUGGAUUUCUCACUUAACUUGUGUUGUGGAAAGACUUCAAGAAAAUCAGGGGUUGUAAAUUAA